GAGAGCAACAGAGAGAGAGAGAGAUAUAAAGAAACAGACAGACAGAGACACACACACUCUCUGAGGGAGAAAAUAACGGGCGGCCUGACACACCUUCGAAGAAAGAAGAAAAGGAGCCAUGCCGAAAGAAAAGAAAUCCACAGAUUCUUGUGAUGAAGGAGUGGUACAAUUGAAGGAUAUUUCUGUUUGGAGUGAAGACAUGAAAAAAAUACAUCUGAAAGAAAAGCUGGAGGGCAAAGAACACAAUGAGUAUUCUCCAGUGAAGGAAGAAGCUGGUGAAGAACAUGAGGAGGUCUCUGCUCAGAAGGACUCCAAGCUGAGCGAUACUGUGUCACUGUACCGAGGUGAUAUAACAAAGCUUAAAGUUGAUGCGGUUGUGAAUGCAGCAAACAAGAGCCUGCUUGGUGGAGGUGGAGUUGACGGCUGUAUACACCGAGCUGCCGGACCCAAGUUGUUGUCAGCGUGCCGCCAGCUGAACGGCUGCAACACUGGCGAGGCCAAAAUAACACUGGGCUACGACCUUCCGGCUAAACAUGUCAUCCACACCGUGGGACCGAUAGCAAGAGGGAACUGCGAUGAACGUCUGAAACGCCAACUGAGGAACUGCUAUGAAAAUUCCCUGAUGUUGCUGGAGACUCAAGGCCUGCGAUCUAUCGCGUUUCCUUGUAUAUCUACUGGCAUCUACGGUUUCCCGCAAGAGGAUGCAGCCGAGAUUGCUGUGUCGACCAUUAAGGAAUGGCUAGCUGACAAACGAAGUCUGGUCGAUCGUAUUAUCUUCUGCGUUUUCUUGGAGAGCGACCUUAAGAUCUACAAGGAGAAAAUGCUUCAUCUUUUUCCCACAGAUGAUGAAGAUCUAAAUGCAAACUCCCCUUCUUCAAAGAAGUACGGAAAUAAAGAAUUGGUGGAAAAGAAUGAUGAUAAGAUUGAAGCCUCAACAGACGGGAGCACUGAUGCCGAAGUGAAAAAUUCUCCAAAAAAAACAGAUGAGAAAUCUGACUCGCCCUCACCUCUAGUUAGUCAUGAUGAUGAAUCCAAGCUACAAGAUGUCUACAUGGACAGCCAGCUUGAAGAUAAACAAGAAGACAAUGUAAUGCUUAGCCAACCUUGCACCCAGAUAGAGGAAAUCGAGAUGGGAAACUCCCAAGAACAGACAGAGGAAGAAGACAAGGAUAAUACUGACCGUAUACCCUAUAUCGAUGAAUGUGAAGAAGAAAGUGGACAAUGAAGACUAUGUGUGACUAAGGGAAGACCCAUUGGUGUCUUUGAAGACAAGCUGUACCACUUUAGACCUCCAAGAAGGCAAAUGGUACAAUUUUGUGCUGGAGUUUAGGUAGCCACUUAAUUCAGUUUUGUGUAAAAAAUUCUGAGUUGCAUUCUGUUUUGUAAUUGUGUUAUUGAAGGGAAUAUUUUGGCCUGAGGACGUGCUUCUAAAUCAUAUUUUGACUGGCUGGAGCUGUUGUUUUAUGGGUCAAUAGAGCUUUGAUCUUCACACCAGAUGAGUGAGGUGUUCACCUUUGUCACACCGGGAAUAUUACGCUUCCGACUAUUCACAAAAUAAAGAACGGACACGACUAACAUCGCAAGUUCGCGGAUGGGAUUGGAGCUUGCAAUGACUUUGUAAAUGUUCACACAGUAUCAAUCUAUUGAUGUUCCGCUAUCAACACUGACCUGAGUAUGGAUGAUAGGAAUAUCACAAUCUUUGAGGCAAUUCAAA